UCACUCACUCACUCACUCACAAACUUACUCUCCUCCAGCCAACCCCGCCAUGGCCGCCUCCACCAUGUCUGUCUGCUCUGAUGCCCGCACCAACUCCUCCUGGCAGGUGGACGACUGCCCAGAGAGCUGCUGUGAGCCUACCUGCUGUGCCCCCAGCUGCUGCCAGCCCAGCUGUUGUGUGCCCAGCUGCUGCCAGUCCAGCUGCUGCCAGCCCAGCUGCUGCCAGUCCAGCUGCUGUGUGCCCAGUUGCUGCCAGCCCAGCUGCUGUGCCCCAUCCCCCUGCCUGAGCUUCAUCUGUACCCCAGUGAGCUGUGUGUCCAGCCCCUGCUGCCAAUCUGUCUGCUGCUCACCCUCAUGCUGCCAACAGUCUAGCUGCCAGCCAGCUUGCUGCACCUGCUCUCCCUGUUGUGUGACUCUUUGCUGCAAGCCUGUCUGCUGCACACCCAUCUGCUCUGGAUCCUCCCCAUGCUGCCAGCAGUCUAGCUGCCAGCCCUCAUGCUGUCAAUCUUCCUGCUGCGUGCCUGUCUGCUGCAAGCCUGUCUGCUGCAAGCCUGUCUGCUGCACACCCAUCUGCUCUGGAUCCUCCCCAUGCUGCCAGCAGUCUAGCUGCCAGCCCUCAUGCUGUCAAUCCUCCUGCUGUGUGCCUGUCUGCUGCAAGCCUGUCUGCUGCAAGCCCUGCUCCAGCGUGUCCCUGCUCUGCCGCCCUGUGUGCAGACCUGCCUGCUGUGUGCCCACCUCCUCCUGCUGUGCCUCCUCCUGCCAGCCCAGCUGCUGCAAGCCCUGCUCCAGUGUGUCCCUGCUCUGCCGCCCUGCCUGCUCCUGCCCGACCUGCUGAGUCCUCUCAUCAGGUCAGAAGUCCAACUGCUGAAUGGGCUCUGUUGUCAACCCGGAGCUUUGGAGCUCCCUCUCACUGGACCCCUGGCUUCUCUGCUAGUGACCAGCAACUGUCUACACAACUCCUCCAGGGUCUUGCAGGGCCUCGGCUGUCACUUGCUUGCCCCUCCCUCACUUUGGGAGAAGUCCCCCGCUCCUAGUCAGGGAACCUCCCAGUUCUGCCACAGUGAGGAGCAUGGCUCUCUACAGUCUAGCCAAACAGAAGCAGAAGCCACUUAGGAGAUGGACUCCCAGCCAUUUCCUUGGGUCUGUGGCAGGGCUCUGCUGUGUGUAGGCCAGCCCUGGCUCUUCUGGAUUCUCAGCCUCCUAUCCAAUCCCUCUUCAGCUGCACCUGUCAUAUUCCAAUAAACUGCUUGACAAAC